AUGUUCACUUACUACGCAAGUCAAGCUCCAAAACUGACCUCACUGACCUACGUCUACACUCAAUAUCCCAAACAACAAAUUGUGCAAACCACAUUCACCGAAAAUUUGCUAUCCUACUACACGAAACCACCGAUACUGGAAGUUAUCGACCAGAAAUUCACUGAAUACGUUACCCCCACACCUCAAGAAGGAGAAGUCAUCGAAAAAAUUACAAACUACGUCACAAGCGCACCCACAGUUCAAGUAGUUCAUGAACGAUUCACUUAUUACGUCAGUCAAGCGCUCACCAAGCUACAGGUCCCAGUCAAAAUAACUCAAUAUGUGACCGAUGCACCGAAAUUGGAAAUCAUAUCCAAGAUUUACACCUAUUACGUAUCUGGCGCACCCAAACAAACGGACUAUGUGGCAUCUGUCGAAAGCUACGUGACCGAAUCACCUAAGGUCGUCCAAGUGUCCGCCUCAUUCACUUACUACGUGACAAAGAUCGCUCAGAAGAUUGAAUUUACUCAGGAAUUCACUUCUUACGUUAGCCAGGCUCCAUCAGUGGCCACUGGAUUUGCAACAUUGCCAUACCACGUUGUUUCUCAGGCCCCAAGUCAAACAUUCACCAACAAGAUUGAUGGCCGAAAUCGCCGGGCUAACACACAACACUCGUCUCGGUUGUCUGCAUCCAAUUUCUAA